AGCGCUGCGGGGACAGCGGCGGGCCCGCCCCGGCCGUGGCUCCGCGCCCGCCCCCGUUCCCAUGGCAGCGGCCGGGCCUGGGCGAGCUGCCGCCGCGGGAAGCGGCAAGCGCGGCCUGCCCCGGGAGGAUGGAGGACGAGGAGCUGGAAGGGGAGGAGGGGAAGGAGGAGGAUGAGGAGAGGGAGGAGGAAGAAGAAGAGGAGCCGGGUCCCUGUCCCCUGACGGAGGAAGUCGUCAAGGAGGGCCUCUCUCUCCUCAAUAAGACCGGCGACGGGCUGGCCCACGCCUAUGUGAAGUUUGAAGCCAAAGACAAGGGCCUGACAGACAUCAGCCUCCUCAAACGCUUCAUUCACCUGCGGUAUGUGGAUUUGUCAAAGAACAAGCUGCAAGAUUUGUCCCCACUGAGCAGCCUAACCCAGCUGCUUUGGCUGAAGGUGGAUGGGAAUCUGCUCACCAGUGCCAGCAUGCAGGAGCUGCCCUACCUCCAGGUCAUCAGCUUCAAUCGCAACCACAUCAAGGAUUUGGAGGGCAUUGCUCACCCCCUCCUAGCCAACCUCAGCCUGAAAGAAAAUAAAAUCCAGACAGUGCUGGGCCUGAGUCACGACCAGUUGUCCAGCCUGCAAGUCCUGGAGCUGCGAGGAAACAGUAUAAAGACCACAGCAGGGCUCGGUGUUUCCAAGCUCAAGAAGCUCUAUCUGGCCCAGAACAACAUUUGCAGCCUUGAAGGCCUUGAGGAGUUAGAGCAGCUGGAGACUCUGCACCUGCGUGACAACAAGCUUGAGGCCCUGGAUGGAUUCUCUGAUAGCAUGAAGUGCCUGCAGUACCUCAAUCUACGGAGCAAUGGGAUCAGAAGCUUUCAGGAGGUGGAAAAACUGCAGGUUCUCCCCAUGCUGCAGGCACUGGUGCUGAUGGACAAUCCAUGCGCUGAAGAACCCGAUUACCAGCUGGAGGUCCUGUCCCGGCUGCCACAGCUGCAACGCCUCGACAAGGAAUUCAUUGAGGAAGAUGAGCGGGAAGAGGCAGAGCAAAUCCGUCGGACAAGGCUGGAAAAAAAAAAGGAAAUGGAAGGACCUCUCAGGGAUGAUGCGACUCUUCCGGACAUGGAAGAAUUUCUUGAGUGACUGAGUGGCCCGUUUUUAACACCUGUUCCCAGAGGCUGUCAGGAUGUGGAGAUGCCUUUCCCCAUAUGUGAGGCUGGGAAAGUAAGAGCUGUAGGUACCAGCUUCACCUCAUUUUACUCUGGAGAAACAAGGAGUGCUACCCACCCUGGUCCUGGAAGCUGCCCUGAGGCACUGCAGUGUUUUUGCAGUCACUGCACUGAUAUGUUCUAUUCUCUGUAGGCCUGAGAGGGGAAAGGGGAGAGUUACAGGUUCUGUGGUUCGAUUUAUGACUCCCAAAAAUCCUGCAAGAUUUUCUGAUUUGAAUAAAAGUAAUUAAUGA